CAUUAUUUUUGUAAUUGUGUCUUAUUCCAGCAACCUUCAACUUUUGAAAACAAUGUCUAGUUCUAGUCCUCCUUGUAGAGCAAUCCCGGGUAGAAAAGAUCCAGCUUGGAAAUAUACAGAACCUUUUCCCAGGCAAAAAAGAGGAGAGGCAAAAUGUAAAUUUUGCAAAACAAUCUUUCAUGGAGGCAUAAAUAGAUUGAAAUACCACCUUGCCGGCAUACGUGGCCAUGAUGCAGAGCCUUGCACACUAGCACUUCCUGAGGCUAUUCGUGAGUGCCAAGUGCUAUUAGACACAUUUGAGACUCAAAAAGAAAUAAAGAAUAGGCAAAGGGAGGAGUUGGCUCAGACUAGCAUUGGUUGUGUUGGAGAGGCCUCUUUCAUGCCUCCAUAUUGUCCUAGUGGGAGUGCUAGUGCUUCUGUUGCCGGUAGUGCUAGUGCUAGUGGGAGUACCAGUGCAACUCCAAUCAUUGGUCCUAGAGUUCGUAAAUCUAGGAUGGAUUCAUAUUUUGAGCCACGCAUUACUUCUGGUGCCCAACCUUCACUUGAGAGAACGGCUUGGAACAAAGAGGUACACAAUAAGGCUAAAGGUGCAAUUGGAAGAUUUUGGUUUUAUUGCAAUAUUCCAUUCUUCGCAGCCAGGUCUCCUUCUUGGCAGAGCAUGGUUGAUGCCAUCGCUAUUUGUGGGUCGGGUUUCAAAGCCCCUUCUGAUUCCGAGUUAAGUGGCCCAAUUUUGAUAGAAUCGGUGGCUGAUGUAAAAGCCACAUUAGAGGAUCAGCGAGAGAUAUGGAAGAAGAAAGGUUGCACCAUCAUGAUCGAUGGUUGGACUGAUAGGAGAAAUUGGACGCUCCUAAAUUUUCUUGUUUCUUCUACAGGUGGCACCAUGUUCUUGAAGUCCAUUGAUGCUUCCGCACAUUCUAAAAAUGCCACUUACCUAUGUGAGGUUAUAGAGGAGGUCAUAUAUGAAGUGGGUGAGGAGAAUGUAGUAGAAGUGGUGACCGAUAAUGCAGCAAAUUAUGUUGCUGUAGGUAAACUUUUGAUGGAGAGGCACCCAUCUAUAUUUCGGUCUCCAUGUGCCGCCCAUUGCAUUGACCUCAUGUUGGAGGACAUUGGUAAGAUUGCAUGGAUCAAGACAUGUGUAGAGAAGGCAAAAAAUAUUUGCAAAUAUGUAUACAAUAUGCAUGGGUCCUUAACUUAAUGAGGCAAUACACGGGGCAGAAGGAGUUGGCUCGUCCUGGAAUCACUAGAUUUGCCACUAACUUCAUCACACUGCAAUCCUUGAUUCUAAAUAAGGUAUCUUUGAGACGUAUGUUUGUUGGUGAGGAGUGGACUUCCUCAUCCUAUGCUACGAGUGCUACAGGAGUUGAUGUCGCAAAUUACAUUUUUGAUGAGUCAGGCUUUUGGACCCCUUGUGCUGAGAUUGUGAAGUUCAUUGAGCCCUUGGUAGUUCUCCUACGUGUUGCUGACGGGGAGAAGCCCGCAAUGGGCUACAUAUACGAGGGCAUCGAUAGGGCCAAGGAGGGCAUCAGAUCUGCCUAUGAAGGGGAUGAGAGUAAGUAUUGUCCCAUUUGGGAUAUCAUUGAUAGGAGAUGGCAAACCCAGCUUCAUAGGCCCCUUCAUGCAACUGCUUAUUACCUCAAUCCGGCAUUCCAUUUCUGCCCUGAUUUCAAGGCGGAUAAGGAGGUUCUUAGUGGGCUCUACUCAGUGAUAGAGCGAAUGUCGCCUGGUCAUAGCAGUAGUAUAGUUCAAGAGCUAGAGGCUUUUUCUGAUGCGGAAGGGGAGGUCUUCUCUUGUCAGCUUUGCAAAGAAAAUCAGACAAAAAUGUAGCCAGAUAGGUGGUGGCAGAUGUUUGGUCCUAAAACACCAAAUCUUCAAUAGGUAGCCAUUCGUAUUUUGGGCCAGCCAUGCAGUGCUUCCGGUUGUGAGCACAAUUGGAGUAUGUUUGAGCACAUACACUCCAAGAGGUGCAAUAGAUUGUCUAUGGAGAGGUUGAAUGAUCUAGUCUUUGUUCAUUACAACCUCCGUCUUAGACACAAACAGGUUAUGGACCAUGACAACACCCCGAUCACGCUAGAGGAGGUUGAUCUAGAAUCUGAGUGGAUCAGUGAGGCUACAAAUCCUAUCUUUGGUGAUGAGGACUUAGAUUGGAUUGACUAGGUAGAUAGAGAGGCUGAGGUUGUAGCCAUGGUAGAGGAGGAGGUUAGAGCGCGAGGAGAGCCAGACACAACUGAUGUUGGUGAGGGUAGAAUGGAGUCAUGGGCAAAGAGUAUUGUUGUUGACACAUCCAGGACCUACCUUAGGGUUAGAUGCCUUCAUAGGAAGGACCCAGGCUCCUCUGAGCCAUAGACUUGUAGUUGUUUUACUUUUGAUAUAUGUGUGGAACUGGAACAUUUGAAUUUUGAUGU